AAUUUAGGCCCUAAAACUUGGCCACAGUGUUUCCAAGCAUGUAAUGGAUAUCUCCAAUCGCCUAUCAAUAUUGCUUACUCUGAGAUUCAAUACAUCAAAGGACUUACUAUAGACUUGUUUGGUUUCGAAGAAACGAUUACUCAGACUUUGCUUUUAUUGAAUAACGGGCACACUGCACAAGUAAAUAUAGGAGGUCAUACAACUCCAAGCAUCUAUUCUCCAUUAACUAAAGGUAGAUACCGAUUGGUACAGUUUCACUAUCAUUGGGGACCAGAUAAUAGUGUUGGAUCUGAAACAUUUUUAAAUAACUUGCAAUAUCCAUUGGAGGAGCAUAUCGUCUUCGCUAACAUGCGCUACAAGGACUUUUUUGAAGCUGCCAAUAGUUCUGAUGGGCUUGCAGUACUCUCUAAUUUAUACAAAGUUGGAAAGUAUAAUAGUGGACUGAAUCCAGUCAUUAGUAAUCUAAAGUAUGUCCGAUAUCAAGGGCAAUCGCAUUCCUUUAGCGGUCUAAAAAUUCGUUCGAUCGUUGAUGAAGAUGAUGCAAGGUUUUUUGCCUUCAAUGGGUCUCUAACUACGCCACCGUGUAGUGAAAAUGUUGCCUGGCAUGUUAUGGCCGAGCCAUUAGAGUUAUCACAGGCUCAGCUAGAAGAAUUUCGAAAGUUAUAUUCAACCAAUAACACCGUUGGCACACAAAAUUUGGUACUCAUCGAAAAAAAUUUUAGACCUAUUCAGAUGUUAAAUGGUAGGUCUAUUCUAGCAAGUUUCGAAUUUAACCAACCGACUGCUGGAACUGUAGGUGCUGCAUUAGGCUUACAUUCACGCUGGGCAGUUUUGGCCUUAUUAUCAGCGGUAUUUAUACCUACCAUGUUUACCUUGUUCAUUUAG